AUGGCCGAAAAGGACCCAACAGUCAGGCUACGGAGGGCAGUCAAGGAGAACAACCUCUUCUUGGUCAAGAGGCUCAUCCAGAGGACGGAUAUGCGAAAUCCAGAUGUCGCACCUCGAAGAUACACCUCUCUCGCUUGGGCGGCUGUUUUGGGACAUGAAGAGACCUUCGAAUUCCUUCUCAGUGCAGGCCACGACGAACAGGAGCUGAGCAAGGGACCUCUCCUCACAAUGAUCCUAUCUCAGGAUUAUGAAAACAACACUAUCCUAAUGCUACUAGCCGAUCAGAAACCAUCGACCUCGAAUCCAUAUUCUGCGGCUUCUCCUCCACCAGAUUCGACAGGAGCUGUUCUCCGUAUGGCCCGCAUGUAUUUCGAUCGUUAUCCAUGGACCCUGGAUUGGUCCAACGUCCAUGGAAAGACAGCACUCCACAUUGCGUCGCUAAGAGGAAAUGAAGAACUCGUUAGGAUAGUUCAGUAUCUUAUCGAAAGAGGUUGCCAAUACACGGCCAAGAACAACGAGGGCUUCGAUGCAUUGGACUAUGCAUACUCUACCAAAGAAGCUCUCCAAGAGACCGCGAGGAUGCAGUUUGAGAUAAACAAAGCCCAUCGACGACAAAUCUUCGCGCAGGCAGCUGCUCGAGGCACAGAGAUGAAUAAAACAAGUCCCAUCCCAAUACCCCCACCAGUUCCGGCAAAGGACUACGACCUUUAUCCUCGACUUAGGAGUGGUUCGGGCACAAGUCGGACCACAGCAACGACGUCUGAUAGCGGCGACAUUGAUGGCCUGGCAGCACAUGCUUCAUUCUCUUCUUCAUCCCCAUCCCGGCCGUCUACGGGCGGUUCAAGCUCCCUCCUCUAUAGCCAGCAGCCGAGACAUACACCUCAACCAUCAUCGGCAAGCAAUGGGCUGAGUAAUUCGACCAAUUCCAAAGGCUCAUUACUGUCCGCGCCCGGUGCUCACCCAUCGUCAGCCUUAUCACCCGUCGCAAAUCGAAUGAGGGAAAGGGACGCGGACGCCAUGGAGAAGUACAUGCUACGCAAUAGGAGCGGGAGUUCCUCGACCGACAAUAGAUCGAACAGUGGCUCUACGACAACAGGUUCAGGCCAGAUGUCAGCCAACCUGUCGCCUAGUUCCGAAGCUUUCCAUAUCACAACCGACGAAGCGAGCGGCACCCUGACCCCUCGAAGGCUAAGACCCUCCUUCUCGGCCGCCCAGCUGCGCACAACACACGAAGGCUCUGUUGCCAAUUCCAACAACGGCACACCUCAUUCUGAAAACCGAAGUCGUUCCGGCACAAACCCCACCUCCACACGGGGUGCAGCUUCCCCUCUCCCACUUCUGACGAGGUCACCUUCUAUCUCCAACUCUCUCAGGUCCAUUAUCAGCCCGGAGCGUACUUCAUAUGAAGAUUCGAAACGCUAUAUGGGACCGCCAAGCCAAUAUGCUCAGUUCCCCGAGCCUCCGGUUCAACCAGAAGCCAAUACAGUUACUACUCCUACAGUCCAAAGCAGUAGACGGAAGGCGCUCCAGAUACUGGGCAAGCCUCUAUCAGGGUUCGACUCCUCAAACUCCAAUCAUCGUCGAGGAAUGUCCACAACCUCCGUCCGUGGAUCAUAA